CUCUCAUUUCUAUAUCUGAAUUCUGUUCAACAGUUGUAUUUCAACUUGUUUUUAGAACCUUCUCAUUUUGGAUCCACUUCAAGGUUUAGAUGUGAAAGCUAACUUCUCUCUGCAAAGAAUUCCUCUCUCUCUCUUUUUUUUUGUUGGUUUUUGUGUUUGGUGAGAGGAAGAGUUCCGAUCGGAGAUGGCGGAGAUUGCCGGCGAAGUGGCGGAGGUUACGAGGAAUGCGAGGAUUGAGUCGCCGGUGAGGGUGACUUCGACGACGUCGGGAGCACCUCCUCCUUUGACGGUGUCGGUUUCGUUUAAGAGAGUGGAGGGAAAGGUUCGUCGAGGAGCUGCUAGAACUAGCUUCGAUGCGGAUAAUGAAUUCAUUACGUUGCUUCAUGGAUCGGAUCCGGUGAAAGUAGAGCUUAAUCGGUUGGAGAAUGAAGUGAGAGAUAAGAACAGAGAAUUGGGAGAAGCACAAACGGAAAUUAAAGCAUUAAGAAUGUCUGAAUGGCUCAGAGAAAAGGCUGUCGAAGAGCUCACUGAUGAGAUCUCAAAAAUGGAGGAGAAGCUUAAACUGGCAGAAUCUCUUCUGGAAAGCAAGAACCUUGAAAUCAAGAAAAUAAAUGAUGAGAAGAAGGCAUCCAUGGCUGCUCAGUUUGCUGCUGAGGCUACACUGCGGAGGGUUCAUGCUGCUCAAAAGGAUGAUGAUAUGCCUCCAAUUGAAGCCAUUCUUGCACCCUUGGAGGCAGAGCUGAAGCUUGCUCGGGAAGAGAUUGCAAAGCUUCAAGAUGAUAACAGAGCCCUUGAUCGCCUAACUAAAUCAAAAGAAGCAGCUUUACUUGAUGCUGAAAGGACCGUACAGAUUGCUUUGGCAAAAGCAUCUAUGGUAGAUGAUCUCCAAAAUAAAAAUCAGGAGUUAAUGAAGCAGAUAGAAAUUUGCCAGGAAGAAAACAAAAUUUUGGAUAGAAUGCAUCGCCAAAAGGUUGCAGAGGUUGAAAAGCUUACACAAACAGUUAGGGAGCUGGAAGAGGCUGUUCUUGCUGGUGGUGCUGCUGCAAAUGCAGUAAGGGAUUACCAGCGGAAAGUUCAGGAGAUGAAUGAGGAAAGAAAAAUUAUUGAUCGAGAGCUGGCACGUGCAAAAGUAAGUGCUAAUAGAGUGGCCACAGUUGUUGCAAAUGAGUGGAAAGAUGCCAAUGACAAAGUGAUGCCUGUAAAACAAUGGCUAGAAGAGCGGAGAUUCUUGCAGGGAGAAAUGCAGCAACUUCGUGACAAGCUUGCCAUAACUGAGCGAACUGCAAAAUCUGAAGCACAGUUGAAAGAGAAAUAUCAAUUGCGGCUCAGAGUUUUAGAAGACAGCUUGAGAGGAUCUUCUAACAAUGUUAGUCGCAGUACAUCAGAUGGAAGAAGUGUGAGCAAUGGGCGUUCUAGGCGUCAGUCUCUUGGUGGAGUUGAUAACUUCUCGAAAUCUACACCCAAUGGGGUUUUAUCCAAGAGAUCACCAGGCUCUCAAUUGAGACCAUCUUUCUCAUCUAUUACAGUAUUGAAGCAUGCUAAAGGAACAUCCAAAUCAUUUGAUGGUGGCACAAGAUCAUUAGAUGGGGCGAAAGUGGUUCUAAAUGGAGCAGGCUCAAAUAUUUCAUUCAACCAGCUUUCUGAGGGAAAGGGUGAGGCACCGAGUGAGGAAAAACCUAAUAAUUUCCAGUCAGACGAUGCAGAGGAUAAGGUUCCAGGGGUAUUGUAUGAUUUGUUGCAAAAAGAGGUCAUAGCUUUGAGGAAAGCUGGUCACGAGAAAGACCUUAGCCUUAAGGAUAAGGAUGAAGCGAUUGAGAUGCUCGCUAAGAAGGUGGAAACAUUGACAAAGGCAAUGGAAGUUGAGGCUAAAAGGAUGAGAAGAGAAGUAGCUUCUAUGGAGAAAGAGUUUGCUUCAAUGCGUGUGGAGAAAGAACAUGAAAAUCGGGCCAAGCGGUUUGGAAAUUCCAAGGGGUCUGCUGCUCAGCUUCUUGCUGGAAGAAAUGUAUCUCGAAUUGGGUUAACGCGCAGCACACAAUGAAAACAAAAUUCCAGUCGAAGCAGCAACAAGAACUAAAUUUGCAUAGGUCUCCUCAGUACAUUGCCUUAUUUAUUAUAUAUUACCUCCCUGGUGAUUGGUUAUAAGGAUUAUAACUUCUCUUAUUUAUGAAGAAAUCGGUUAUCGGUAUGCUUCUGAAAAUGCUUAUUCCUCUGCCUAGAUGUAAGCUAAAGAAAGGAAAUAUCGACUCUAAGCUAACCUUUUUGGCAGGUUUUUCCUUGGGGGACUGUCCAGUAGCUACGGAUGUGUUUGUAUAGGUUACUUCAAUGGCUUUUUUUCCCUGUUUUCUUUUUUGAGAGUUCAUCAUAUUUGUUAUAUCAAUCUGCGGAUAAGUUGUUAAUUUGUGUUUAUAGUUUGAAUAUAAGGUGUAUGCUUCUACCUAAAUAAAUCAAGUUGAGCUCAAUAAAUUAUU